AUGCAUAAUGAGGGGGCACCGCGGCACCACGCGGGGGCUCCCGGCCCACUUUUGUAUUUAAAGCCUCGCAGCGAGCGAGUCCGCAGCCGGGCUCAGCGGAUCCGCUCCCCGGGCUUCUUGUCACCCGAGAAGCCGCCGCCGAGGGAAGCCCGGGAGCCGCCGCUCUCCCGCCGCGCCGAGUUUCCCGUUUUCACCGUGCCGCCCGGAAAGAGCUCCCCGGAGCCGAGGCCGGGGUCGCCGCGGGCGGAGGGGGAGGGGACGCGGACGGCCGGGCCGCGGGAAGGCGGGCAGCGCCCGGACGCGAGCCAGGAAGCGGCGCGAUGCAAGAACCCGCGGCGGCGGCGCGGCGCUGAGUCCGGGAGGAAGGAACUGCCGCGGCCGCACAACGGAUCUGCAGGCGCAGAGCAAAAUGCACCCGCGGCGCCGCGCGGUCCCGCAGCCCCGCCGCGGCCCCGCGGCCCGCAACCUCCGAGGGCGGCAGUGAACGCCUCCCGCCACUGCCGGGGGCCGACCGGAGGGGCUCUCCACGGCCGUGCACUUCUAGGAAGCCCCCGCAGCCCAAGCUAG